GGGGAAUGUGUGCGGAUGCCGAUCUCCGGCCUCGGCCACGCUCGGGCCCUUCUCUCGCUUCAUUUCAAUCUCUCUUUCCUCUUCCUUCGGGGUGUUUGGCGAGAGCGCGGGCGGGCUCCAGGCAGGGAUACUCGGGGGUCGGGGCGGGAUCGCCCCCGGGGCAGCCCCGGCCCUGGAAACCCGGGAAGUGCAGCGAGGGGUGAGCCGUCUUGCACAACUGUUGUUUCCUUUCGUUUUCCAUUUGUCGGGAGUGUGGUAGGAUGCUCUUCCGCCGGAGCGGGCUUUGUGCGGAGUAGGGAAGCAAAGCCUUCAGCUGAGGACUUAGGAGAUAAGAAAGAAGGGGAGUACAUUAAACUCAAAGUCAUUGGGCAGGACAGCAGUGAAAUUCACUUCAAGGUGAAAAUGACAACACACCUCAAGAAACUCAAAGAAUCAUACUGUCAAAGACAGGGUGUUCCAAUGAAUUCACUCAGGUUUCUCUUUGAGGGUCAGAGAAUUACUGAUAAUCAUACCCCCAAGGAGCUGGGGAUGGAGGAGGAAGAUGUGAUUGAAGUUUAUCAGGAACAGACGGGGGGUCACUCAACAGUUUAGAUCCUUCUGUUUUUCUUCCCCCUUAAUCCUUUUUUAUUUUUAAAUAAUAGUUCUUUUGUAAUGUGGUGUUCAACACUGAAACUGGCACCCCAUCUCUGRGAGUUUACUUUCAAGCGUCUAGUAUUUUGAAUUCUCGUGCUCAUUAUACACUAUUGUUUCUGUUUUCAUUGUGCUGAACUUCUGUGAUCCAGCUGCAACCUUGCUCCCCUCUUCCCUUCUGCUCUCCCCUUUAGGAAUACAUGUACUCACAUGCAUUUGUAUGUUCACUGGGUUCGUGCAUUUCAGGCACGAAGGCUGUAAGAUCUGCCAGGUGGGCGAGUGUUCUUAAUGACUUCCAUAUCUGCCCUGAAGUUUUGAUGUGUGACUGUCUCACUCCUGGACUAUAACUUUCAGUGCGAGAUGAAGUUUUUCAGAGAACUAAACYGUGGAGAAGUUGUGUAUCCAUAACUCAGAGCUAUUUUGCUUAAAUUGUGCUGAUGGCCCAACAAAGAAGAUAGCCGUGUUGGAAGUGGAAAAGCUAGAACUGUUGUCAUCCAUUCCUUGCUCCAGAGAUGGCUUUGCUGAAGACAAAAUUGAAACCCUAAUGAUUUUUAAAUCUUACCAGAAGAGCCCAGAAGCAUUUUAACCUCAUAGAGCAAUUAGUACAYGCAGGUAUCCAUGCAAGAAUGUUCACAGCAGCCAACUGGUGUUACUUUGACACUCUUGUUUGUACCUUUUGGCCUGGGACGUGGGUUUUGAAUGGACAUUGUCUGUACCAGCUUCAUUCAAAAUAAACCAGAAAAACAAUUUUAUAAACAA